AUGGUGGCCGAUUUGGGCUUCGUGAUCUGGAGCACUGUCGGAGGCAGAUGCAGAGGCAGCAGUGACGGUGGCGCGGUGGAGGAACCCUAUUUCCGGCAGAGGCAGAGGCAGAGGUCGCGAUCUGGAGGAACCCACGACGCAGAGGUCGCGAUCUGGAGGAACCCGCGACACAGAGAGGCAGAGGCAGAGGUCGCGAUCUGGAGGAACCCACGACGCAGAGGUCGCGAUCUGGAGGAACCCGCGACACAGAGGUCGCGAUCUGGAGCACUGUCGGAGGCAGAGGCAGAGGCAGCAGUGACGGUGGCGCGGUGGAGGAACCCUAUUUCCGGCAGAGGCAGAGGCAGAGGUCGCGAUCUGGAGGAACCCACGACGCAGAGGUCGCGAUCUGGAGGAACCCGCGACACAGAGGUCGCGAUCUGGAGCACUGUCGGAGGCAGAGGCAGAGGCAGCAGUGACGGUGGCGCGGUGGAGGAACCCUAUUUCCGGCAGAGGCAGAGGCAGAGGUCGCGAUCUGGAGGAACCCCCAAAACAACAAUAUCAGAAAUGCAACAACACAGAAAAGCCGUGGGUGUGAGAAAAGCCGAGGUGGCCGAAUUUGGGGGCUUCGUGAUCUGGAGCAUGUCGGAUGGGCAGAGUUGCAGAGGCAGCAGAGUUGACGGUGGGCGCGGUGGAGGCACCCUAAUUCCGGCAGAUGGGGCAGAGGCAGAAAGAGAGGUCGCGACUGGAGGAACCCCACGAAGCAUGAGGUCGCGAUCUGGAGGGAACCCGCGACCAGAUGAGGUCGCGAUCUGGAGCACUGUCGGAGGCAGAGGCAGAGGCAGCAGUGACGGUGGCGCAGUGGAGGAACCCUAUUUCCGACAGAGGCAGAGGCAGAGGCAGAGGUCGCGAUCUGGAGGAACUCGCGACGCAGAGGCAGUCAUGGAAGAGGUGGAGAACCCGCGACGUAGAGGAAGAAUGGAGAGGAGGAGGAAGGAGAAGCUGAGGAAGGAGAAGCCGUCACGGUGGUGGAGGCAGCCCUUGGAGAGAAUGGCGGCACAAAUGCGAAGACGAAAAUAA